CGUGAAAGAAGACGUGAAGAAGAUGACUGUCGGGCACGGGAGGAACAAGCUAGGCUGGCGCGCGAGGAAGAGCAGCGGAGGCUGGACCAAGAAGCAAAGCGGGAGGAAGAAAGAGAAGCUCGUUUAGCUCGCAUUGUUCGAGAGCAAAUGGAGGAAGUUGAGGCUAAGAAAAAGGGAAGUAGCGGCGAGGUUAGCAAGAGUAACUGGGAGAAGGUUGAAUCGCCAUCUAAGAACGGGGACAAUGCCAAAGGAGGGGAAUGUGACAGCAAGAAGCGGAAUCAGGGCACUAUGGCGGGAGGAGGCACGAAGCCUCCACAGCAAGAGACAGGCAGACCUCGAGUCGAGCCUGCUGUUGCUCCACUUGAUACUGGCUUAAUCAGAAUGGACAUCGACUCAUUAAGGAAGGCUCAGGACGUCCAAGCAGCGAUGUUCCGUGAAAUGUUAAACUGCCUACAGGCGAUUCAUGAACAGGGCGCCAGCUGUAGCUACGCUCCUCCUCCUCCUCCUCCUCCCCCUGCCCAUACUUUUAUUCCUCCUAUUCAUCCUAAUCCUUUGAUCGCUGUACCUCCUCAUAACCAUCCUCCUCCUAUUCCUCAUCCUCCUGAUCCUCCUGCCCCUCCUCAACCCCCACCUCCUCCUCCACCCACCCCCACACCUGCUACACCAUCUUCCCCUCCGCCGGCUCCCCCUCCUCCACCAUCAGAUAUUAAUCGAAGAGGUGGCGCUACGGCGCCUGGUCUGUCCAGGACACGAUCGGGGCAGGAGCAAAUGCCAUCAGGUGGUGGCUUCUCUUCCAGACUCGCGGGAAUGUUCGCCUCUGUGGCAAACACACGGCGCCGUUCUGGAAUCUUCAGCAAUGAAGGUGCUGAACCGCAGGAGCUCGGCUUCGACAGGAUCAACAAGGGGAAGAAAGCUGCGGUGGCGGAACCCGGGAAAAAGGGAAGGAGUAAGUAUGUUGAAGAACUGACUGAGGUGUUGUUCAACAAGUCGAAGCAUGAACUGGAGGAGUUGUGUAAGAAGGAAAAAAUCAAGUAUGUGAAUAAUAAGAUCACGAGCGCAGCACUGACUCGUCUGCGGGGCAUUGAUGCAUACGGAGAGGAAGACGAGGACGAAGAAUCUGAGGAAGACGUUCAAGAGGAGAACCCCUCUUGAUGAUCUCUAGAUGCGCCCUCUGCGUGGGCGAUCCUGGAUGGACUACGGACGGAGAGACAAAAGGUCGGCUGGCGGGGUUAGAGGCAAGGGGGUUGGAUCAGCAUAUGCGUUGUUUGGUUCUGUUCCUGACUCUGUCCCAUCUUCUCUGUUGGACUGAGAAGUAUGCGGAUGAAUGAAGACUGUUACUAAGA